UGACGUCACGGCUGGCUGUGCUUUGACCCGCUUGGAUCCGUUCAAGCGAAGAGGCGGCGCGCCGGAAAGCUACAGGAUAGCAAGAGACGAGCACUAAUCAAAACACAACUCCAGGGCCCGUUUCCACCUUCACCCUUCAGUUUUCAACGCAGGAAGUCGAUAGGUGUCUGCAAAGUGAUUUUUGAGCGACGGAGGACUUACAAAGACUUGUUUGUGCAAGCCAAGUGAGCGUUUUGGCCUUGUCAACUUGGCUAACGUUAGGCCCAGCUAGCGCUAGCCGCGGAGCUUACUUAUCGUUAGCAAAAGCAAAACAAGGAAUGAGUGAUGACCUCGGUGGUAGUGUCAGACGGUGGAGGGAACAUAGUGGAGUAUGUCACCGUGGUGGAAGAGCCCCAGCAGUGCGAGCAGCAGCCUGCUGAGGAGGAGGAGGAGGAGGAAGAAGUGGUGCAGCAGGAGGUGGAGGCGGUGAUCGUGGAGGAGGAGGAGGAUGAGGAGGGCGUGGUCCUGCAGGAGGAGGGCUGUCCGGCGGUGAUUGUGGAGGAGGUGCCCAGCGCCCAGGUGGAGGAGUGCUACUCUGCACAGGUGCUGGUCUACGACGACGAGACGUACCUGAUGCAGGACGUGGCCGAGGAGCAGGAGGUGGUCACAGAGGUGGCAGAGACCGUGGAGAUGUCAGGUCACGACAUGGUGUGUUUUGACAAAACGUUUGAAGCAGCUGAAGCUCUUCUUCACAUGGAGUCUCCCGGAGGACUGCACAACGAACGCAACACAGAGGACGUGAUGAUGGAGACAGUGGUGGAGGUCUCGACAGAGUGCGGACCCAUAGAGGAGGAGUCCUUCCCCAUCCCUCCUGAAUGUGAACCUGCUGCCAAGAAGAAGAGAGGAGGAGGACGUAAGCCCAAGACACACCAGCCUGCAUCCAAUGGUUCCUUUGACCUGGGGAUCAAGAAGAGACCGAGGGAGGGAAAAGGCAACACCACCUACCUGUGGGAGUUCCUGCUGGAGCUGUUGCAGGAUAAAAACACCUGCCCCCGCUACAUCAAGUGGAUGCAGAGGGAGAAAGGCAUCUUCAAACUGGUCGACUCCAAGGCCGUGUCCAAACUGUGGGGGAAACACAAGAACAAGCCCGACAUGAACUACGAAACGAUGGGGCGGGCCCUGAGGUAUUACUACCAGCGUGGCAUCCUUGCGAAAGUGGAGGGUCAGCGGCUGGCCUACCAGUUCAAAGACAUGCCCAAGAACAUCCGAGUGAUUGACGACGAAGAGGAGGGCGAGGAGGUGGAGGACAGCGAGGGCAUGGUGUCAGGUCAGCAGGGUCCCGCCAGCCUGGGCACCAACUCCCCCGCCGCCACCCAGCCUCAGCAGACCUACGUCACUGUCAUCCCCAGCAACGCCGCCACCAGGCCCAUCCGAGCCAUGCCAGUGGUCAUGACUAACUCUCUAGGUCAGGUGACGUUAAACUCCUCCUCCAUCCUCACCACCACGGCAGGAGUCCCGGUAACGGUAACUAAUGCCAGCGCUCCCCCCAAACUGGUCAUCCAGGCGCUUCCCACCAUGCUGCCCGCCGGCUCCAAAGCAGGCGAGAAGAUCACCAUCAUCACCAUCCCAGCCAACCAGCUGGCCACGCUCAUGCAGGCUAACUCGUCAGGCCAGGUGACGCAGCUCAUCCAGGCCAAACCUGUCGCUACACAGUUAGCGCAGACCGCCAUAAAAGCAACCGCCCCCCAGACGGUCCAGCUAGCCGCGGGCCGGCCAGCACCACAGCUCAUCCUGGCCAAGCCAGCGGCGGUGGCUCAGCCGCUGCCGCAGCUCUCCGUGCAGGUCAGCCAGCCUCACCCCGCCCCGCCCAAAAGCCCCACCCCGCCCCCAAAGCCCUCCAGCAGUCAGCCCAAUGCAGCACAAUCAGAGGCUGCAGCAGAGGCUCCGCCCCCCUCCAGCCCGCCUGCAGCAUCAGCAGAAACCCCAGCUUCCUGAGAGCUGCGCCCUCAGCCGGGCGGGGGGGGGCCACUGAGGGGAGGAACAGGAAGUGACUGUGGACACUGCUGAGGAAGUGCAGGACCCUCCCCUCCACCACCACAGAGCAGAGCUGCUCUCUGAUUGGCCCAGACUGUCAGUCUGCUCUUACUACAGAGCUGCUGAAACCCCACAAAGGAUUAAAGGGACUGUUGUACAAACACACACACACACACACACACACAUGCGUGCACACACACAUACACACCCUUCAGAGCUCAGAGAUGAGCAGCCUUAGAUUGUAAAUGAAACCAGUCCUUUUUGUAAUCAAACAUAAUAUAAAAAGCCUGAUAAGACUUUGUUGUAAACAGAAAUGUAAAAAGCAUUUUUUGAUACUCAGCGGGUAUGUAUCAGUACAGAUGUAGUUUGAAUUCAUCUCUUUGUUUCCUGCUCUGUUACUCCACAGCACUGUCAGUCUCCACACUUGUCUUUUUGUACUGUUCAUAAAAAGGGAGUGAAAGGAUGUCUGCGUCCAGAUAAAAGAACUAAAAGGUGUGCUCCAAUUUGAAGUAUAAUAUACUAUUUUUUUUCUUGUACUAUCAGUGUAUUGAAGUAGAUUUUACUGAAAUAUGUAUUAUAAAAAAGACAAAUGUGAAUUAAAAUGGUCUUAUAGUCUGUCUUUUAUUCAAAAAUACACACACACACAGUCUGAAAUAUAUGACAUGUUGAGAGAUGAUGGUGCCGGGAGAUUAGUGAACCACUUCAUUGUGCUGGAUUCUUGGUGUGUUCUGUUUUAAUAUGUCACACU